UGCCGUCUGCAUUUAAACAUUUAGGCUAUCCGGCGUGUUGUGAGUUUAAAAAGUAUUUGUGUUUUAAGAGUGCCUUCGUGUGUCUGAGGAGCUGGUGUAUAAAUUUAUUCCUUUUGUAACCAUCAUGGAUCAAUUCGAAAGUAUUAAUCGAUUGUUCUUUGAUGGCCUUCGGCUUUUAGUCGAUUUAGUGAAGUUUUGAAAUCGGGAUUUUAUCUAGCCGACAUUUCAUUUGAACAUCUAUAUUAUUCCUCUUUGAUGACUACUACCACAGAAGACUAAAAUCCUCUGGAUCCGAAUCCAUGUAUACUCAAGUUGUAGAAGAUGUAAAAAAUAUUGAAAACAUGAAAGUCUCCAAGAAAGAUGCCCCACCACAUAUUGCAGCUUUAAUGACAGAAAAUGAGAAAAUUGAAUAUAGAAUUGGAAUUUUAAAAAGGCGUGCCAAGGAAUUGACUCAAACUGCUGUGCUUCAGGGAUCUGUUCUGAAUGUCUUGCAGCAUGUAUUUUCGUCUGCGAUAAAACAAAGCUUUCCUGAUCUUCAAAAUUUUGUUUGCAAUGUUACUAGAAGCACAUCUGAAAAAUUUGGUGAUUAUCAGUGCAAUAAUGCAAUGAAUAUUGCUCAGAUUAUGCGUCAAAAAGGCAUGAAAUUAUCUCCUUUGCCGUGUGCUGAAAAGAUUGUAGCCCAUGUUUCUUGUGACUCUGUUAUAGACACUAUUGAAGUUGUUCCACCUGGCUUUAUAAAUAUAAAAAUAAAACCAAGUUUUUGUAGUCAGCGUGUAAGCUAUCUGCUUACUGAAGGAGUGAAGCCACCACCAGUUAAAAAAAGGAAAGUUGUAGUAGAUUUUUCUUCACCAAAUGUAGCAAAAGAAAUGCAUGUUGGCCAUUUGAGAUCAACAAUUAUUGGAGAAAGUAUUUGUCGACUCUUAGAAUUUUCUGGGCAUGAUGUUCUCAGAAUAAAUCAUAUUGGAGAUUGGGGUACCCAAUUUGGUAUGCUUAUAGCUCAUCUGCAAGAUACAUUCCCAGAUUAUAUUGAUAAAUCUCCAUCUAUUCAAAAUUUGCAAGAAUUUUAUAAGGAAUCUAAAAAGCGGUUUGAUAAUGAUGAAGAUUUCAAAAAGAGAGCAUAUUCAUGUGUUGUGCAACUACAGCAAUAUGAACCUAAUAUAAUGAAAGCUUGGAAGCAGAUCUGUGAUGUUACAAGAGAUGAAAUUAGUAAAAUUUACAAACGCUUAGAUGUUACAAUUAUUGAAAGAGGUGAGUCUUUCUAUCAAGAAAGAAUGAAAUCAUUAGUGAAGGAACUUGAAAGUAAAGGUGUUCUGGUUGAGGACGACGGUAGAAAAGUUCUCUUCGUUGAGGGAAUAAGUGUACCUUUAACUAUUGUCAAAUCUGAUGGUGGUUUUACAUAUGAUACUUCAGAUCUUGCAGCUUUAAAGCAGCGUAUUGAAGAAGAAAAAGCUGAUUGGAUAAUUUAUGUCGUUGAUGCUGGACAGUCUCUACAUUUAGAAUCAGUUUUUGCUGCUGGAAGAGCAUUAGGUAUCUGUCCUCCUGAAGUGAGAGCAGAUCAUGCUGCAUUUGGUGUUGUCCUUGGUGAAGACAAAAAGAAAUUUAAGACCAGAUCUGGAGAUACUGUGAAAUUGGCUGAUUUAUUAGAUGAAGGAUUGCAAAAAAGUCUUCUAAAAUUAAAAGAAAAGAAGAGAGAUGAAGUAUUGACGCCUGAGGAAUUAAAAGCUGCUCAAGAAGCUGUAGCAUAUGGUUGUAUUAAAUAUGCUGACCUGAGCCAUAAUCGAAUGCAUGAUUAUGUAUUUUCUUUUGAGAGAAUGUUAGAUGACAAAGGGAACUCUGCUGUUUAUCUGUUGUAUUCUCUAGUUAGAAUAAAAUCUAUUGCCAGAAAUGUUAAUGUUGAUGAAGAAACAUUAAAAAAUUCUGCUCGUACGACUAAAAUAGAACUAGAGCAUCCUAAAGAACUCAAACUUGCCAAAAUGGUCAUUCGGUUCCAAGAAAUUAUAGUAAAUGUUAUUGAAGAUCUGUCAUUACACACUUUAUGUGACUACCUGUAUGAAUUAUCUGUUGUGUUUUCUGAAUUUUAUGACAAUUGCUAUAUAAUUUCAAAAGACGAAAAAGGUGAAGUUAAGAAUGUAAAAUAUGAGUCGCCUGUUGUUAUGUGAGGCUACUGCAAGCAUAAUGACAACAGGUUUCUAUAUUCUAAGUUUGAAACCUGUAGCUAAAAUGUAAUAAAUUAUGAAAUAUAAAAUAAAAUUUAUUAUUAUAAAUAAAA